UCUUUUACAGGGGCUUGCUGGAGGUGCUGGCAUGGGGGGCUUUCCUGGCCUAAGGGGAGACCCAGGACUUGAGGGACAGCGAGGACUGACUGGCAUAGUGGGAACUAUGGGCCUGGCGGGAAAAGCGGGGCUGCCUGGAUUGAAAGGUGAUAAGGGCACACCUGGACUAAGGGGUGAACCGGGAGAGAUGGGUUACCAAGGUGACAAGGGUGCUGCUGGCUUGUCUGGACCUCCUGGACUCCGUGGGAAACCAGGUCCACCUGGUAAAAUGGGUGAGAUCGGACCGCAGGGACCUCCUGGCCCACCAGGACCUGAGGGUUUUCCUGGAGACAUCGGUGUGCCAGGUCCCAACGGCCCUCCUGGACCUAAGGGACUCCUAGGUGCCAGAGGGCCACAGGGACCCCCAGGGCCAAAAGGAACAGAGGGUGAUGAGGGACACCUUGGCCCACCUGGCGGCCCUGGCACCACUGGGAGAGUUGGAAGGAAAGGCUACAUAGGGGAACCUGGACCUGAGGGACUGAAGGGGGAGACGGGGGACCUUGGCGGCAUUGGAAAAAAUGGACCGCAAGUGAGUCUGGUGUUUUUUGCUGACUAUGCAUGAAAUCAAAGUCAGUGA